UUUUUUUUGUUUUUUUGGCUUAUUUCUUUUUUUGACAAUGAGCUUAAUUUAAAUCAUCCAUCCGGCGAGUUAGUCCUUGCUCAUGUUGAUUCAAGGCAGGUUUGUCCCGGGGUAAGCGAGAACACCUUUUUUUUUUUUUUACUCACUUUUUCUGACUCAUGCUUGCUUUUUUUUAAAAAAAAUGGCAUGAUGGAAUUUAUUCUUGUUCUUUCGAAGUGAUAAAAAUCAACAAGAAAAGAAAAGAAAAAAAAAUCCCAAAACCUUCCAAAACCCUAACGGCCAGAUCUCAUUUCUCUUCCGAUAUCCCUCUCCUCCAAGCCUCCGGAGUCCCGUACUCCAAUGGCUGCUUUUCCGUGCCUUCAGUUGUCGAAUUACAGCCCUUUGGGCUCUCCUUAUUCUCUUGGAAUUGCCCUUUCCCCACGUGAGCUCGCUCCGGCAGGCCGGAGGCGGGUCUCCCAUCGGCGAGAGGGCUCGGCCUUGCAGUGCUCCAACUCCUCCGUGUCGGUGGACGCUGCAAGGAUCAGGGUGGUCGGCGUCGGAGGGGGCGGGAACAAUGCCGUCAAUCGUAUGAUUGGAAGUGGACUGCAGGGAGUUGAAUUUUAUGCGAUAAACACCGAUGCCCAGGCUCUGUUACAUUCACAGGCAAAGAAUCCUCUACAAAUUGGAGAGCUUUUAACUCGUGGUUUAGGUACUGGUGGAAAUCCUCUUCUAGGAGAGCAAGCUGCUGAGGAAUCUAAAGAAGGUAUUGCCAAUGCGCUCAAGGACUCAGACCUUGUAUUCAUAACAGCUGGUAUGGGUGGAGGCACAGGAUCUGGUGCCACUCCAGUUGUUGCCCAGAUAUCAAAGGAAGCUGGUUAUCUGACUGUUGGUGUGGUCACUUAUCCAUUCAGCUUUGAAGGCCGGAAACGUUCUUUACAGGCACUGGAGGCUAUUGAAAAGUUACAAAAGAGCGUUGAUACUCUUAUAGUAAUUCCCAAUGAUCGGUUGUUGGAUGUUGCCAACGAGCAUACACCUCUUCAGGAUGCGUUUCUUCUUGCUGAUGACAUUUUACGCCAAGGUGUGCAAGGGAUAUCUGACAUCAUAACUAUUCCUGGACUUGUAAAUGUUGAUUUUGCUGAUGUGAAAGCUGUCAUGAAGAACUCUGGAACUGCCAUGCUUGGUGUUGGUGUUUCCUCUAGUAAAAACAGGGCACAAGAAGCUGCUGAACAAGCAACCCUUGCACCCCUAAUCGGAUCAUCAAUUGAAUCUGCAACUGGGGUUGUGUACAAUAUUACUGGGGGAAAUGAUAUAACCUUGCAAGAAGUAAACAGAGUCUCUCAGGUCGUAACUAGCCUGGCAGAUCCUUCUGCAAACAUAAUAUUUGGAGCCGUUGUUGAUGAUCGGUACACAGGUGAAAUCCAUGUGACGAUAAUUGCUACAGGCUUCCCUCAGUCUUUUCAGAAAACCCUCUUGACAGACCCAAAAGCAGCAAAAAAUGUUGAUGUCCGAGAAAAGAAAGGUGGGGCUCUCCUCCGUAACACUGCCACCAACUCAUCGCCAGUGCCCUCGAUGCCUCGGAGGCUGUUCUUCUGAGUAUUUAUACCUGACAACUUCCAUUUUGCUGCAAAAGUCAUCUAAGGUAGUUUUUGCUGCAAAAAUGGCAUCGAAGGUAGUUUUCCAAAAGAAAGGCAAGUUGGACCACAUUCACCCUCCAUUCCAUGUAUACGGCUUCUUGUUCUGUUAUGUUUUUCAAGUGCAUGUUUCCUGUUCUUAUGCCUGAAAGAUGAAAAAGAACCGUUUUGGUCCAACAGAUCUUUUUGAAUUUUCCUUAUUUUUAACAAUUAUAAUGGUGUAAUUAGUUUGUGUGUGUCCAAGUGUAAGCUGAUUAAUGGGGGUACUUCCACGUCAACUUUUAGUGCAUCCCGGGCCUUCGUAUGAUAUUGUAGCUGGUGGAUGGAUAUUGGA